AUGGCGAGCGCGCUCGCGCCCAAGAGACGACGGGUGGCGACGGAGAACGCGCUCACCAAGCUCAGCGGCGGAGAAGAAUGCGCGUUGUUUAACUGCGCGUACUGCCAGAAAAAUAUCUCGAAUGUGGUGCGGAUACGAUGCGCGGUGUGCUCGAAUUUCGAACUAUGCGUCGAGUGCUUCUCCGUGGGCGCAGAGCGGCAACAGCACAAGGCGUAUCACGACUAUCACGUCAUCGAUAACAUGUCGUUCCCACUCUUCACGAGAGACUGGGGGGCGGACGAGGAGUUGCUCUUGUUGGAGGCGGUGGAGAUGUUCGGGUUGGGGAACUGGACUGAGGUGAGCGAGCACGUUGGGACAAAGACGAAGACGCAGUGCCACGCACAUUACUUCGAAGUCUACGUGAAAUCACCGAGCGCUCCGCUGCCAGACAUGUCGAAAAUUCUUGGCAAAGGGGUGCCGCGCAUGACGGAAGAAGAGCUGAAGGCUGAACUGGAACAGCAAGCGAAUGAAAAUAAAGACAAGGCUGAUGAGGAGCGGGCGGUGCUCGAGUCCCUCGCGAACCCGAAUGCUGUGAAAACAGAGGGCAACGUACAGGAGCUCACGGGUUACAACGUGAAGCGCAAUGAAUUCGAUCCAGAAUACGAUAUGGAUGCUGAGCUUCCACUCGCUGAGAUGGAGUUCCGGGAGAACGACACAGAAGAAGACGUCCAGAUGAAGCUGCGGAUGAUUGAAAUUUACAACAGUCGGCUUCAAGAGCGAGCGAGAAGAAAGCAGUUCAUCCUUGAACGAAAUCUUUUGAACGUGAAAAAGCAGCAGAAUCUCGAAAAGAAGCGAAGUCAAUACGAGCGGGAUCUCCAUGGCACUAUGCGCGUGUUCGCUCGUUUCCUUUCACCCACGGAUUAUGAGAUGCUGUUGGAGGGUCUCGCCGCUGAGCACCGACUCCGCUCCCGCAUCACCGAACUGAAAGAGUGGAGGCGUAACGGCAUUCAUACCAUAGCUGAGGGCGAAGAUUACGACUUAGAGAAACGACGUCGUGAGACCGAGUUCGCGCGCCUUCGUGCGAUCGAACAUCCGACUAGUAAGAACAUAGCCAGGGCGAACAAGUUUAUCAUACGAGACGCCACACAGAUCAACGAGCAGUUGGCUAGAAUUGCUGACGAAGAGAAGACGUCUGCGAUACCGACGCCUAGAACUCCGAGUACUGGAACUCGUCGCCGCAUGUACUUAGCUCUUGAUCUCACGGAUCUACCAGGUGUGGAUCUUUUGAGCGAAGACGAGAAGGAACUCUGCACGAGUUGCCGCCUGUUGCCCGUGCACUACCUGGCGAUGAAGUUAGAACUGAUGCGUGAGGGCUUGAAGUCCGAGACACCACUAACUAGAAACCGUGUUCGGACCAUGUUCAAAAUUGACCCGCUCAAGGCCGUUCGCGUCUACGAGUUACUGCUUCAGCACGGGUGGGUACUCGAAGACGGGUUCACCAACCCGGACGAGACAGAGGACGCGGAGCCCGCUUCGAAGAAGUCCAAGCGUGAUAGCGACGCAGACGAAGAAGAUAUGGAGGGGGACGAAAAUGGACCGGAUGACGACGAGGAGAAAUCAGAAGACGAUAACGACGAAGAUGAGGAAGACGAGGACAAGAGCGAGGAGGAAGAAUAG